CUGUCACUCGGACGCACCACCACAAAGAGAGACCGGCCAGCCAGCCAUCAUGAACCUCUUCUGCUUUUCACUGGAGGGCUCUAUGGACAGUCUGUAUGAGGCCGUGCAGAGCUCCAGUGAUGGCACGGCGUACCCCGUCCCAAGCCGCUCCUGCAGCCGCUCCUGCAGCCGCUCCUGCAGCCCGGCUGUCCUGCUGGAUGACAACACUAAGUGGCAAGGCUCUGGCAGAUCCGUCUCUAUGGAGAUGUCUCAGAUGCAGGGGACCAAUUCCAAAAAGAAGAAGAGAAGAACACAUAUAUCCAAAUCUGCAUCAGAUAACGAAGCCCUGGCGGAUAACCCCAGCUGUAAUACUGCAGUGUGGCAGCCUGCCAAGAGCCGAGAAGAUUUAGCCCACAUCGCAAACAAUCAGAAUGAAGAGAUGGUGAAGACUAAGCAGAGAUCAGAAACCAAAGGAGGGAAAGGAAACUGUCCGUCUGGCACGAAGAAAAAGGAGAAAAUGCAGCCGAGUCAGGUUGCAAACUAUGACGGAUGGAAGCCAAAUGCGGAGUGGCCUAACAGCAACCAGAAAGACCGGAAUGUCCAUGGUAAUGGAGUGGCAACAGAGCCCAAACCGUCUAUGAAGAGAGACCACAAGCCUGGAAAGAAACCAGCCGGAAAGAGCGGGAAGGAGGGGAGCAAGAAAACCCACAACUCCACAGCACACUGCCCAACAGGCCCGAUGAGCCCAACCAUGGCAGCCCCCUAUUUGGACGUACCGUACAGGCCGGGCAGGAGGCCCUGCACGGGCAAGGCCUCCACCCUCCCUGCUCAAGAGAACACCACCCCUGGCCAGGGCAUGGACUUGACCACCCUCCCCGGCGGAGCCACGCCCACCCACAUCCACCACCAACGCUGGAGCAAUCCGGCUGACUGUAGUCCUGCCUGGGGAACCAUACAGCACACCUGCCGCAGGCCGCUCACAGAGUACCGCGUCUACUCCCACGACUUCAGCACGUCCUGCGGGAAGGACUGGGAGGCACGACAGCAGCAUGCACCAACCCUCAAUGACAGCUUGAAACAGGACUCUAAACCCCAGGUUCCCCCCAGGGUCCCACGUUCCAUCACGGAUGUUGAUCUGACAGAACCAAAUCGCUCCACGAGCUUUGGGAGGUUCGAAGGUCUCAGACACUCAUCAUCAGUGAAACCAGAGGAAAAUGGAACAACUACGGUUACAGAAGAAUGUGAGAGUUCAGACCCAAACAAAUCAGCUGGAAUUGGGAAGAAGAUGAAGGCCAUUUCACUGACCAUGCGCAGAAAGAUGGGCAAAAAACAUGCCAAGUCAUUCUCUGAGGAGAUGGGUGAUGAGACAGACAGAGACCCAGACGCAGAGACGGAGCAUGUCCCUGCGCCAGAGAAGAGCACCGCAAAGACCAGCAACUCCUUAGAGAGCCUCUACAGUGGCCAGAGCUCUUCCAGUUCAGGUGGUGUGACCAGCGAGUCAAACGGUUCCGGUCAAAGAGACAGUCUGAGGCUGGAGGAGGACGGCUCCUACCAAGGACAGUUUUGUGGCAGAGCCCGCGUCCACACAGAUUUCGUCCCCAGCCCGUAUGACACCGAUUCCCUUAAACUCAAGGUUGGUGACAUCAUCAACAUCAUCAGCAAGCCUCCCAUGGGCAUCUGGACAGGCAUGCUAAACAACAAAGUGGGUAACUUCAAGUUUAUCUACGUGGAUGUCCUGGUGGAGAAGGAGAAGGAGGAGGAGGAGGAGGAGGCUCCCAAGAUCAGACAACAGAAGCUGUGCAAGAGGCCGCGGCCCAAAACGUUACUGGAGUUACUGGAGCGGCUGCACCUCGAGGAGUACGCCUCGGCUUUGCUCCUGAAUGGCUACCAGACGGUGGAGGACCUGAUGCACCUGCAGGAGAAACACCUGAUCGAGCUGAACGUCAAGGACCCCGAACACAGACACAGGCUUCUCGCUGCUGCCAGCUGCCACUACACAGAAGGUGAUGAUGUGAGGGAGGGCGAGGAGCACAAGUCAUCUCACAGUCCGCAGGAAGAGGACAGCGACUGUCCAAGGGACUCGGGUUGUUUCAUCCCCUCUGAAUGUUCAGACAACAGCAAGGAGGAUGUGGAGCAGCUCACAGAAACUGUUCAUACUUAAUGUGCUCAUAUUUAUUUGUCACAUGGACACCUUGACAUUUUGAAUCUCAGUUGCUUAUUUUUCCUCCUCAAACUGUUUCUGCGGUUGUCUUUUCAUUUUCCUAAAACGCAGUGUUAAAUGCUGUCUUUCCAGCCACGGUAAAAUUAAAACAAACCAACAGGGGAACAAACGAAAAAAACAUUCAAAAUGUCAACGUGUCCAUUUAUCAUAUCAUCAUCUGUUGCAAAUAAUCAUCUUGUAAAUUCUGACAGUCAUGUUUUUUUUUUUUUUAUUGUGUUUUGUUGACCAAGUGACAUUUCAUUGAUUAAAUGUUACUUGUAUUUAUUGUCCUCAAAAUGAUUGUUUUCUGCAUAUAAAGCCUUUAUUUAUCAUAUCUAUGUCAUUUUGAUCUCAUUUCAACAGCCGAUGUCAUGAAGUUGUAAUUCUUUCUAUGAAUAAAGUGAUAUUGGGUGACUGGUUGAAACAUAAA